UCUUGAGCAGUAAGCCUUCACCUGUGAUUUUGUGUUAAUAAUUAAACCGUCGCUGCUUGUGUGAUGGGUGACACCUUGGCACGAAUCAGGCCUUCCAAGUUGGCCAGAAAAGAGCACAGAAACUCGGUCACUUGUAACCCCGAAUCGACAACCCCAACACUUCCUUUGGUCCUAUUGUUGGUCUCCAAUGAAAGGCCAUUAGUCCCACAGUUGGGUUCAAAGGAGCCUUGGUCGGUUGAACGUGUCACAAUUUCAACGUCGUGUGUCUUUGAUCCUUGCCUUUUCUCUGCUGGCCUAAAGAGGGCGUCUAUCAAGGUUGCCGGCGUGUGUCAACAUUGUUGAAAUCAACAGAUGAAGAAAUACAGCGGUACCUUCACAUCAAAAUUUAAUUCGCUCCGUGACCAAGCUCGUAACUAAAUUUACUCGUAUGUCAAAUCAGUUUUCCAUAAUUAAAAUAACUGAAACCCUGGUACUCCAUUACUGCCUCUGUAAAAACCCAACAAUUUUAAUAGGGAUGGGUGAGUACUAAUACCAGGUAUCGGUAUCGGGCCAGUACUGGCCUUAUUUCAAGGUAUCGGGUACUCUUGGCUGGCGAUACCAGCCACCGAUACUUAAGCCCCCAAAAAUCUGACAUUGUGCAAGUCCUCAUCGCCAGUAGUUGGCGCUACACUGCAGUGGUUUGCCACAUAGGCAAAUCAUCGUGUGUCAGAAGGAAAGAGAGGUCUUUGUUCACAAUCCUCCAUGUGUGGAAUGUCACGAGACCAACCCGGAACACGGCAUAGCUGACUUCCUGUAUAUGGAGUUUGAGCAUAUUGCAGCAGCAGAGACACUGAAGUACAGUGUCCAUAAAUAAUCAGAAGUAGGAGGUACCAACAGAGGGACAGGAUGCCCAUUCCUCCCCCUCCCCCGCCUCCUCCGGGACCCCCGCCUCCUCCAACCUUCCAUGAGUCCAACACCACUCCUCCCAAGCUGAGUUCAUCAGAGACUAAAGGCAGGGGGGCUCUGCUGUCUGACAUCCACAAGGGCGCCAGACUGAGGAAAGUGGGCGUCGUCAACGACCGCAGCUCCCCCAAUAUCGAGAAAUCUGGAGGAGGAGGAGGAGGAGGAGGAGGAGGAAGUGGUCCUAUGGGAAUGGGGGGCCUCUUCCAAGGAGGGAUGCCAAAGCUGCGACCACAUGGAGAUGGUUCAUCGGGCGGCUCGGUGGGCAGGUCCGCCCUGAGGCCGCCGGGGUCCCGGUCACCGGCCCCCCGUCCUCCGUCGGGCCGCUCAGCGUCACCGUCUCCCCCAGAGCAUCAGCGUUCCCAUCGACCCUCCCUGCCCGACAUCACUCGCCCCCCCAACACCAGCAGCUCCUCCUCGGGCGGUGGCAUGAAGCACAGCACAUCGGCUCCGCCCCCCCCGCCGCCCUUCAACCGGGGCGGUCGCGGAAACGCCCCGCCCACCCCCAACCUCAAGGUGUCGGCGGCCUCGUCCUCUGCGCAGAAGCCCCUGCCGCCUACGCCCAGCCGAGGCCCUGCUCCUUCCAACGCCCUCAAGAACGCCCUGGCUUCAAGCCGGCCCCCCACUAGUGGUUCUUCGGCGCCGCCCCCUCCACCGCCCUACAGGGUACACACGUCGCUCUCCAACGGGCCGGCCCAGACCGACGGGGGGGGUGCCCCGGAGCUGCCGCAGAGGCACAACUCGCUGACCAAGAAGCACACGGCACAGGGGCGCAACCAUGCCCCUCCCCCACCGCCAUCCCCGUCGCCGUCCCUGCAGGUUAGCCGGCCGCCGCCCCCUGCUAGGGAGCCGCCAGGACGCAGAGCAGCCCCCCAGGCACCCCUUUCCGCCUCCCGCAACGGCAAUCGCGACGCCCCUCCGCUGCCCCCACCGUACCGUGGCCACAGCUCAGCCCCGUCGGAGCCCCCGGGCCGGGGGGUUAGACCGCCGCCUCCGCUCUCCUUCUCCUCCUCCUCCUUGUCCUCAUCCUCCCGCACCCCCGCCGGACCCCCGCCGCCGCCCCCACCCAUCCGAAACGGGCACUCCGCUGUCUCCAACUCUUCAAAGUCCAUCUUGGAUGAUUUUGAAUCAAAAUUCAACUUCCACCCCAUGGAGGACCUUCCGCCUCCAGAGGAGUAUCGCCAUUUCAACAAGGUCUACCCCAGCAAGAGCGGCAAGGGCAUUUUGCGAGGAGCUCCCCCUGCCCCUCCAGUGGGAAGGUGAACAUCCCACAAAGCUCAGGACUUGAACUCAUCAGCCAAGCGUCUGGUCUGGUCUGGUCUGGUCUGGUGGGGGAAUGAGGACACACACACACACACACACACACACACACACAACCAAACACUAACCAUGUGGACUUGUCAAGAAGAGAAGACGCCUCAUGAGACUUUUUGACGUUUGUGCUUCUCAAACGUUUUACGGACCCCCAAAAAAACUUCACAAGCAUCCGUAACUGCACAUUCCCUCUUUUGAUAGACUUUUUUUCUUUCUUUCUUUUGUCGGGUGCCAGCAUUGAUCAUGUGGGACACACACGAUCAUGCAUGAAUGUGGGCUCUCUUUUUCCUUAAUUUGUUUUUGUUUUGUUUUUUAAAUCGCUCCAGGGUGCGCUUGGAACGACUACAUCCGUGUGCCAAAGGUGGGGGGGGCUUAAUGAUGAACCCAAUCCAAAAGUUGAUUGAUAGACACCUCGUCUGAUUGUUGAGCUUCACAUUCCGAAUGGUGUUUGUUUUUUUUGGGGGGGCGGGGGGGCAAUUCCUGUUUUGAGCCCCCCCACCCCCCUGUCUUCUGCUAUUCUUAACGGGGGGGUGUUUGUAUACGUAUUUUCAUGUUGCACAGCGGCCAGCAGUCUCGCAUGACACCCAUUUUUGCACUUGCGGGAACAGGUCAUGUAGUAACUGUAAUAACCGUGUAAUUAAUGUGUAAUAACUGUAAUAACAUCAGAGCCAGCGCCUCGCUUUUGAAUGACUGCGUUUACUGGGCCGCCAUUCGGCUGACUGUAAAGGGAUCGUUUCGGAGGGAGCUGGCAUCCAUCAGCCAGGAAGUGACCAUCAGCUGCUUUUACUAUGCAAGAAUUUGUACAGGUCGUAGUUGCUAGCAGCUAACCAAAAAAGUAAAAUUAAAACAAAAAAAGAAACACUAAAGUGCCAGAGAGAGAGAGAGAGAAGAGAGUACGUAGUGGACGAGGAGCGUCUUUUUACGUCACUUUUAAUGAUCAUAAAGCUUAAAAGCAAAACACUAAAAAACGAUUCACCUGUGAAUCCACAAGAUGAAAAGACACUGAGAUGCAGCGCCACCUGCUGCUAGUUGGUUGCCUUACACGCGUCUCGUCCCAUAACGGUACCUGUGCUACUUUUUUCUUUAAAAAAAAAAAAUAAUAGUCUAUUUGCAAAUGUAUAUUUACACCAUAGAAUAUGAUAAUCCUAGUUACCAUUGAUCUAUUUUUGUGCUGUACAGAGUGUAAUAUAGGAACAUUGUCAUGAGGAGCAGCGCACACUGUCAUCAUCAUCAUCAUCAUCAGGGUCACGCUGGUGUCACGUUUGCCGCCUCACAUUGUUUCCUAUUAAUCAGCCAUCUUUUUAUCACUUGAAAACAUUUUGAAUAAAUAUAUUCCUGUUGGGGAAAAGGGGAA